AUUUGAGGGACGGGUGGAAGUUGGUGAAACUUUUUAUUAGCUGUGAAAGUGACUGAACUAGGAAAGAGCGAAAGAGACAAAAGCGUUUUUAUAUCCACCCCCAUUCCUUGACACGGCUCUUCCACAUCCUGGGAGACGUAUAUUAUACGCUUAGACGUUUCCGAUUUAAUAGUAAAAAAUAUUUUAAUCUGCUCAGAGCAGAACAGCCCCCCCCAAUUGGCCAUUUCUCUGCAAUCCAAAGAUGCACCACAAAUAAACCAGCUGGAACGCGUCGCUUUGCGUAUGCCACGGCGUAGAACACGAAGAGGCUGUCGAUUACAUUAGCAUGACUGUUCGUUUUUGUUUUUUGAGUGAAAACAAAAAAUUAAGCAUCGCAACCGCCGACCUCAACAGCACUCCACCGAACAAGCCCAGGAACAAAGGCAACUUCUCCACAUGUCCCCGCAGGCGGGGCCCCCUGCCGCACAGCCGCCGCUGAUUGGCCAGCUCCCCGGCGGCAGCGGGCCAUUCGGAUCCCCCGAUACUGGGGGGGCUGAGUGUCCUCCUCGCUGAUUGGCGGCCGCGUUUGGCGCUCGCCGAGGCCCCGGUCUGGCGGAGCGAGGGGCGGACAGCGAGCGAGCAGAGGCGACGGGCGGUGAGCGGAGAGCUGCCGGAGCGGAAAUCGCCGUGCGACGAGGGGACUCCGUGCCGAGGCGAAGGCGACCGAGUGCCGGCCGCAGCGGAGCGGCCCUGCCGAGCCAGGGAGGGGGGGGGCGCCCAGCGAGCGGGAAAGGAGGAAGGAGCCGCCGGGCCCCGGCAGCGCCUCUUUGUGUGAGCCGUUUACCCGGCGCCCCUCGGUCGGUCCCGGAGCCGCGGGAGGGUCGUCGCCUCGGUACCCCGGUGGCUGUGGACCAGGAGUCGAGUCGGCUCUUCGACAGGGAGAAGAAGAAACGGCUUUCUUUUUGUUUCGGGCGGGCUGGAGUGCAGACCUGUGUGUGUGGGGGGGUGAAGACUUUUUUUUUGUUGUUUUGUUGUUGUUGUUGUUGUCGUCGAGAGAGUCCGCACGGCCGCUGUCCGGGGUAACCAUGGGCUUUCCGGGAAGGAAGUCGGAGAAGGGGCCCGUGUGCUGGAGGAGGAGGGUGAAAUCCGAGUACAUGCGGCUCAGGCAGCUGAAGAGGUUCAGGAGAGCCGACGAGGUCAAGAGUAUGUUUAACUCCAAUCGGCAGAAGAUCCUGGAGCGGACCGAUAUCCUGAACCAGGAGUGGAAACUGCGCCGGAUACAGCCCGUGCACAUCAUGACAUCUGUAAGCUCCUUACGUGGGACCAGAGAGUGCACCGUGGACAGUGGAUUCUCCGAGUUCCCCAAGCAAGUCAUUCCCUUGAAGACACUAAACGCAGUUGCCUCUGUGCCCGUGAUGUACUCAUGGUCUCCUCUUCAACAAAAUUUCAUGGUGGAGGAUGAGACUGUUUUGCACAAUAUCCCGUACAUGGGUGAUGAAAUUCUGGAUCAGGACGGCACCUUCAUCGAGGAGCUCAUUAAAAACUACGAUGGCAAAGUGCAUGGAGAUCGAGUUUUUGAAUAUGUUUUUGAAUACCAUGAAGAAUGUGGCUUCAUCAAUGAUGAGAUCUUUGUGGAGCUUGUGAACGCUCUCAAUCAGUACAGCGACAAUGACGAGGAAGAGGAGGAGGAGGAGGAGGAGGAUGAGGAGCAGCUGGAGAAAGUGGAUCUGUGUGAUGGGAACGACCCCAGAAAGGAGCAGGCUCUGAGCACCGAAGGCAAAGAGCGGGACUUUUCUAAAAGGUUUCCCUCUGACAAGAUAUUCGAAGCCAUUUCGUCCAUGUUCCCAGACAAAGGCUCCCCGGAGGAGCUGAAAGAAAAGUACAAGGAGCUGACGGAGCAGCAGCUCCCCGGCGCCCUCCCCCCAGAGUGCACUCCCAACAUCGACGGGCCGAACGCCAAGUCCGUCCAGCGGGAGCAGAGCCUGCACUCCUUCCACACGCUCUUCUGCAGGCGCUGCUUCAAGUACGACUGCUUCCUCCACCCUUUCCACGCAACUCCAAACACGUACAAACGCAAGAACAUGGAGAACCUGGUUGACAGCAAACCCUGUGGCCCGGACUGCUACAUGUAUUUGGUGCAGGACGGUAUGCUGAGGGAGUACCCAGCUGGCCUGGCUGGGGAGAGGGCCAAGACCCCUUCGAAGCGCAGCACGGGCCGCCGCCGGGGCAGGCUCCCGAACAGCAACAGCCGGCCCAGCACCCCCACUGUCAACAUGUCGGAAACCAAGGACACGGACAGCGACCGGGAGGCCAGCGGCGACCCCGGGGGCGACGCCAACGACAAGGACGACGACGACAAGAAGGAGGAGACCACCAGCUCCUCAGAAGCCAACUCUCGCUGCCAGACCCCGGUGAAGCUAAAGCUGAGUUCUGAGCCCCCCGAGAAUGUGGACUGGAGUGGCGCUGAGGCCUCCCUGUUCCGAGUGCUCAUCGGCACCUACUACGACAACUUCUGUGCAAUAGCCAGGCUGAUUGGCACAAAGACCUGCAGACAGGUUUAUGAGUUUAGGGUAAAAGAAUCCAGUAUUAUUGCACGCGCUCCUGCAGAAGAUGUAGAUACUCCCCCAAGAAAGAAGAAGAGGAAGCACCGGUUGUGGGCUACGCAUUGUAGAAAAAUACAACUGAAAAAAGAUGGCUCCUCGAACCACGUGUAUAACUACCAGCCCUGCGAUCACCCCCGCCAGCCCUGCGACAGCUCCUGUCCUUGUGUCAUUGCUCAAAACUUCUGCGAGAAGUUCUGCCAGUGCAGCUCCGAAUGCCAGAACCGCUUCCCCGGCUGCCGCUGCAAGGCCCAGUGCAACACCAAGCAGUGCCCCUGCUACCUGGCGGUGCGCGAGUGCGACCCCGACCUGUGCCUCACCUGCGGGGCGGCCGAGCACUGGGACAGCAAGAACGUCUCCUGCAAGAACUGCAGCAUCCAGAGGGGCGCCAAGAAGCACUUGCUGCUGGCUCCCUCUGACGUGGCCGGGUGGGGCAUUUUCAUCAAGGAGCCGGUGCAGAAGAACGAGUUCAUCUCCGAGUACUGCGGAGAGAUCAUUUCCCAGGAUGAAGCGGACCGUCGCGGGAAGGUGUACGAUAAGUACAUGUGCAGCUUCUUAUUCAACUUGAACAACGACUUUGUUGUGGAUGCGACGCGCAAGGGCAACAAGAUUAGAUUCGCCAACCACUCUGUUAACCCAAACUGCUAUGCAAAAGUAAUGAUGGUGAAUGGAGAUCACAGAAUAGGUAUAUUCGCAAAGAGAGCCAUACAGACGGGUGAAGAACUUUUCUUUGACUACAGGUACAGCCAAGCAGACGCUCUCAAGUAUGUGGGUAUUGAAAGAGAAAUGGAGAUUCCAUGAACCCAUCUACCUCCUCCUCAGCCAAUGCCUUACCUUUUUCAGGAAUUUUUAGUACACAGUACAUUUUAAAGGAUGUUUGAUACACACGGAGCUUGUAGGGUUAUAUGAAUACUGGUUCUGAUAGUAAUUUAUAAAUUUUCAGAAUUAUUUUUUUUAGGACCUCCCCUCCUUAAACAACUGCAAGUUUUUUCUUCUUCUUCCAGUCAAAGGGUCUUUUUUUGGGGUGGGGUUGUCGCAUCAGUCUAGAAAUGUGGCACCAUUUUUAACAAAAAAAUACUUGAACCUUCAUUCCAGUGUUUACAGCCAUCUGCAGGAACACACUGCAAGUCAGACCCUGGUCUGCGUCAGGCCAGUAAUGCUACUUUGUGCGAGUUUCUUUUUUUUUUUGUCUUGGCUCUCAAAUGUUGAUCCUGCCAUUUCCUGCACCAAUAAAGGAGGAGAAAGGCACUUUUGUGGCGGUUCGAGUAAGUACCCUGUUUACACUGACCCCGUGGUUAGGUCGGCUCUCGGCGGGCUCGUGACCGCGCGGGUCCGGCUCUGAUCCGCCCUGCAGCCUCGCGCGGGCCCUGCCCAGUGCGCCGCCCGUCUCGGCGAGGCCGCAGGGCACCGCCGGCGGUCACAUGGCCCUCCGCCAGAAAGAUCUGUCUGUCGCGGUCCUUACAGUGGCAUUGUGUGCCUUUCCUUUCAAGCUGUGUGGUUUACUUUUGAACUACAAGGCAAAAUUUUAAACAGAUGGGUCACUCCAGUGCCAGAGGACCUAGUAAUGACUUAAUUGGACUAAUAGUUUAGUAAUAUAAUUGGUCUGCUUGUUUGGUAUUUACUUAAUUGGAUUACUUAUGUGGAUACGAAGUCGAAUCUCCUGUGCUUUUUAGUCAUAAUCCAUAAUUGGGAAAAAUUGCUGCAAGGCCUCCAUCCUUGAAUAUUGGAGUUGUCCCUGGUUUAAACUCUUAUUUAACUUAAAUUGCCACAUAGCCUGCAGAACUCGUGCUAGUCUGUGGUCGACAAUGGAAUUUACUAUACAAAAAAAUGAGCCAAGCAUGGAGGUCCUUUAAUAAUAAGUCUCCGAAACAGUCACGAGAGGAGUUUUGUAUGCCGUUGAGAAAAACGUUUAGUAUGGAUUUUUUUUUAAGUGGGAUCCUGCUUGUUAAUUCCAGUUUUGCUUUUUAAUGACUUACCUUUUCUAAUAUUUAGAACUAAGUGUUUGACUCCUCUGUUUCCAGAAAUUUAAGAUGAGUAAUAGAUCAAUGCAGCUGUUUAGCCGCUCCAUCUCCUUUGCAGUAACAAGCCCCCAGCAGAAAACGUUCUUUCUGUGGAAAAAAUGUGGAUCGACUAAAACCGCAACAGUCCAAUCGAGCUGCCGUUUAUACAAGACAGAGAGCAGGGAUAGUAAACUUUGACAGCUCUUAUCCGUGUUUUCUUCUGGAGGCACGCCAUGUGACCCGAUGACUAAGCACGUCGGUGGAAAUAGAAACUUGUAAAUCAUGUUCUUGUGCGUUUGCGAGGGUGUAAUGGGAGGGGGCGGUGCAAUGGAACUGGGAGUUUUUUGUUUUCCCCCAUAACCAUUGAAAAGCGGAAAUGAGGGGUGUCCAGUUGCCGAAGGUACCGCGCGAGGGACAAACGGAAGUAGGUUGUGCUGGGACAAGCUAUGUAAUGAUUUCUUAAGAAUGAUAAGAUGCAGAGCAAGAGGGCAAGGUUUUGGCUCGCGAACCGUUCCCUUUUGCCAAG